AUGCCAGCGUCGAGCACGAUCGGUGGUGGGUUUCGGCCGCCACGUCGUCUACUCGCACAAUCGACCAGCAACUUCAAGUGGCGACCUGAAAACAAAGACGAUGGCGUCGUCGAAUUUUACAUGCAAAAUCGGGGGCGAAAUUACCGCCACAUUGUCCGAUCUUCCGAAACGCAUGUUGAAGUUCCAGCAGGUGACCAGAAUCGGGCCAUUCGUUCAGUAAACCAGGGCGCUGAAGACCAGAGGCGACGUCGUCAACGCACAGACUCUAUUGGGCGACGACUCUUUACCGCUAUUGGUCGAUACAAAGCUCACGUGAAUUUGUCGGCACAAGACGUCGACCGUCCCGACCAGUCUUCGUACCUAGCAACGAACAGGGACAUAAACUAA